AUGUCAGCUGUCAUUUACGCACGCUCGCGCACGUCACGGUUUUCGUAAAAUAGAAAUCGUGAGAAUUUUCUAAUAUUUACUGUUGAACACGAUUUACUUUGAUCGUUAAACUAUGUUGAUAUAAUACUAUCUUGUUUUGUCUUGUAAUAGUGUGUAGUGUUUAAUUUACAAUGGCUAACAAUCGUAUUCCUUCUGGCCCCAACACUCCUGGUAGCCAACAAACGCCUACACAGCAAGGGAUUAAAAUAUUUAUACAAAGGGACUAUUCUGACGGGACAGCAGUGAAGUUCCAGACAAGAUUCCCUCCAGAAUUGGAGGACAGAAUUGACCGACAGACUUUUGAGUACACAAUGGAACGGCUAAAUGAGCAUUUUGAGAUGGCAGAAUCAGCUGACUGUAGCACAUACUGUGAGGGAUGCCUUGCUUGUCUGACUGCUUACUUUAUAUAUAUCUGUACAGAGACACACUACGAAAAGCACCUCAGAAAAGUAUCGAAAUUCAUAACGACGCAGAACGAACGUAUCUACAAUCCAAGAGGUAUUCACAUAACAGACCCUAUUCUCAGAGGGUUAAGGGUCAUUGAAAUUACCGUUAUUGACGUACCAAAUUGCCAGAGUCCAACUGGCAACUCUACAAACACUAUGAGACAUACCUGACCACCCCAUGAUAGCAGGGAGUUCUUCAUGUAACAAUCACGUUAUUGGUUUUAAAAACCAUAAAGAUAAUAGAUUAAUAAAUGUGGUGAUAACCACUAAAUGAAGUAAUGAACUGUGUGGAGUGUUUAAGACUAGUCUAUGGCAAGUGAGUGAACAUUUUAGACAGAGUUAAUUAUCUUUAGAUAGAACACGUUUUGAAAGUAGGAAUUUGUGUCAGAAAAGGAAGGGUGAUACAGUGAGUGAGAUAGCGUUUCCAUAGUACACUCUGUAAAAUUUGUUUUGUCUGUUAUUUAAUUUAUUAUGUCAAUUUAAAAGGUUUUAGCAAGAUAUAAUAUAUAUGAAACUGUCUCUGUUUAUAUGUAAAUGUAUUAAUGAAAUGCCAUUUUGAAUAACUUUUGUAGUUAUUUGACGAAACGAAAAAAUUGAUAGUUGUUUAUAAUUUGAGAAAAGUGUAAUAAUUAAUUAUAAUUACAAUAAAAGUAACCAACCUAAAUGUAAGUUUUGUAACUGUUUUAAAGUAUUCGGAGUAGUUUUUGAUACGAUUUUAUUUAUUUAUCAUAUGAACAUUUUUUUAGAGAGAUGUAGCAUCAAUCAAUGUGAUUUAAGAUUUUGGUCAAAUAAUAUUAAGCUGUAUUUUGACUAUCAACAAAAUGUAUUUUAUUUCACACUUAAGAUUCAUUGUAGUUUUAGUAUAACUUGACUGAUUUUAAGUUAUAUGAAAAGAACUCCCUUAGCCAAAAUUUUCUUCCAAGCUCAGAAGAAUUAUUAUGUAGCAUUUAGACUUAAGCGGUUUUGGUAUAACUACCACUGUGAUUCAUGGAAUUUAUGAUUUCGGGUAAACCUUUACAUUAAUUCAAUAACGAUAUCGAAAAUCAACCUUACACCUUUACUAUUCAGCUCAAAUUUACAUAACAAUUUAAUGUGGAAAUAAGCAUAGGCCGCUUCUGGGCUAUAUUUAGCUGGAUGUAAGAUUGAUAUUUCAACAUUAUAGAUUUGCCCCAUUCCCGGUCACCGGUCAGUCGUAUUAUUAACCAAAAAAAAAUUGUUUUAAUUUUAAUAACUUUAGAUAUUUGAUUGUUUCAAAUUACAUUUUCAAUUAUUUUAGUUCUGAAUUGCGUAAUUUUCUAAAAUUAUUUUUAAUUAAUUUGUUUUUAUUUUUUGCAAUCACAAAACAUAAAAUGUUAUUCUUCAUACAUUCUUCAAAGUACAGUCAACAGCACGUCAGACUAUUACGAAACUACCAAACUACACUUUAUUUUAGUUAAUGCAUUGAAGCGUUCAAAAUCAAUUGAAGAAAUUUGACUUUUUGUGAUAGCCUAGCGUGCAGCCAUCUACACAUGACUUAUUAAUUACAUGACCUCAUUACUUCAUUAGUUUUGACGGUC